ACGUCCUGACGUCCAGUCCCUCGGGUCAGGUUAAUCGACCUUCUCGAUCAUCUCUUUCGGAAUCCAUUCUGAGACUUGACUUUCACGCAAUCCACCGAUGAAACUCGUCGCGAUCUCUCGAACAUGGUAAGCUAACCAGUAAACCCCCGCCCUCCCCCGCUCUCUCUCUCUCUCUAGGAUUUGACCAAUUCAAUGUCAGAAUCCACUUCCCAGACAUGAGCAUCUUCAACUUCAAGGGCAUCGUCGACUCCCUGACCUCGGUCUUCUCUGGUUCCUCUUACGAGACUCAGCAAAACCCUAGCUCCUCUAAUUCGACGACAAUGGACGGCGUCGCCGCCGGGCUUUCGGUGUCGAACGAGCGAGCAGCGUAUAAGCUCAAGGGGUACCUUGAUUUGGCCACGGAAGAGAUCGCCAAGGCCGUUCGUGCCGAAGAGUGGGGUUUGGUUGAUGAUGCGGUUGCUCAUUACCAGAAUGCCCAGCGCAUAUUGACGGAGGCCUAUUCAACGCCCGUGCCCUCGUACAUCAGCUUUAGCGAGCGUGAGAAGGUGAAAUCUUAUCGCCAAAAGAUAUCAAAAUGGCAGAGCCAAACUUCAGAAAGACUUCAAACUCUGAGGCGCCGAUCAGGUGUUACAUCCACAUCUAAGGUAUGGACCUGCUCAACUACGUGUGAGAGUAUGUAUAAUGGUUUUCUUAGUCCAAUAUACUUGCUGACUGCUGGCACAUUGGUGUUUUCAAAUUCUGUUUGCCCUGGAAUAUUUGUGAACACCCUUAGUCAUGCACAAACCAUAGCAGAUCCAUCAACGAAGUCUUAUGGUAGUAAAGAUACAUUCCAAAAGUCUACUGGCUCCCCUAGAUAUGGUUCGGUUGUGAAAAAUCAAACGGAGAAAGUCGUAAGCUCCAAACCUGUUCAAGGAUCUGGUUCUGGUUAUGAUGCGAAAUUAGUUGAAAUGAUAAAUUCUGUAAUCGUUGAUCGGAGUCCUUCUGUUAAAUGGGAAGAUAUUGCUGGCCUUGAGAAGGCAAAACAAGCUUUAAUGGAAAUGGUAAUCCUACCAACUAAGAGAAGAGACCUGUUCACUGGUCUUCGUCGGCCUGCUAGAGGUUUACUUCUUUUUGGUCCACCUGGUACUGGGAAGACCAUGCUUGCCAAAGCAGUUGCUUCAGAGUCUGAGGCAACCUUUUUCAAUGUAUCCGCAUCUUCCCUAACAUCAAAGUGGGUGGGAGAAGGUGAAAAGCUUGUUCGGGAACUCUUUAUGGUUGCUGUAUCCAAGCAGCCAUCAGUAAUUUUCAUGGAUGAGGCAAAUAGCAUCAUGUCCACGAGGGUGGCCAAUGAGCAUGACGCAAGCAGAAGGUUGAAGUCGGAGUUUCUAGUCCAGUUUGAUGGGGUGACGUCAAACUCCGAUGACCUUGUAAUUGUGAUUGGUGCAACUAAUAAGCCGCAAGAGUUGGAUGAUGCAGUUCUCAGGCGAUUGGUGAAGAGAAUAUACAUUCCACUACCCGAUGCCCAUGUUAGGAGAUCUCUAUUGAAACACAAACUCAAAGGCCAAGCUUUCUCCUUGCCUGCUGGAGAUUUAGAAAGACUUGUGGAAGGCACAGAAGGAUAUUCUGGAAGUGAUCUACAAGCCUUGUGUGAAGAAGCUGCAAUGAUGCCAAUUAGGGAGCUUGGUUCAAAUAUUCUCACCAUCAAGGCAAAUCAGGUCAGGCCGUUGAGGUAUGAAGAUUUUCAAAAGGCGAUGACUGUAAUUAGACCCAGCCUGCAGAAAAGCAAGUGGGAAGAGCUUGAACGGUGGAACCAGGAGUUUGGAGCUAAUUAGCUUCGUACAUGGCCUUCGCAGUAUCUGCCUUUGCUAUGAAUUGGUGUGGAGCUUAUUUAUUUUGGCCGUGGAAUCCAGAUGCAACUGUAAAUGUGCAAGGAGAAAAAGCAGCGUUUCAGCCCCAAGAUGUACAGUACUUGUGAAUGCAAAACCUCAACCUGUAUUUGUCACCCUAAUUUAUAUCUUGCGGCAUAUCAACUCUCUGCUCGUACCACACAAGAUUCUUUGUCUACUCGAAUAAAAGUAUUUAUAGCCCCGCUGUAAUGAGUGCUGUUUUGACUUGCCGAUGACGAAAUUUGUUUUUAGUGUGUAUAUAUUUUCAUUAGGGAUACAGCAUUCGAUAAGAAGAGAAAAAUGGAAAUGUUAUUUAUCA